GAGCCCGAGAAGCCUGAGCAGCCCACUCCAAGGAAAAGCCCCUAUGUUCCCCCUCCCACUGGCCUCUUUGAUGAUGAUGAUGAUGACGACGACUUUUUCUCGGCACCCCGCAGCAAACCUUCCAACACAGGCAAAGUUCAAUCCGCUGCCAAUAUCUUUGGUGACGAAGAAGGAGAUCUGUUCAAAGAAAAAGCCCAAGCAUUGCCAGAAGCCACUGUGAGUCAGACAGAUGAAAAUAAAGCAAGAGCAGAAAAAAAGGUUACCUUACCUUCCAGCAAAAAUCUCAAGCCCUCGUCAGAAACAAAGACUCAAAAAGGCUUAUUUUCAGAUGAGGAGGACUCUGAGGAUUUGUUUUCUUCACAAAGUGCGAGUAAGUUAAAAGGUGCGUCUCAGCUCCCUAGCAAGCUCCCCACAUCGGUUUCCCUGUUCAAUGAUGAAGACAAAGAGGAUAAUCUUUUUGGGGGUACAGCUGCUAAGAAGCAGACAUUGUCUCUACAAGCUCAGAGACAAGAGAAAGCAAAACCCUCCGAGCUCUCCAAAAAGAAAGCAUCUGCCCUGUUGUUCAGCAGCGAUGAGGAGGUGAGCCGAGGUUUCUCCUAAGAAGAGGGGAGUAUUUAACGGGAUUUAAGAGUUAAAGCCAUCCCAAGUAUUUUCUUUUUCUACCUGUUUUAUAUCUAGUGACAUUCAGUCACCAAAGGCGAUGUUCACAAGAUUGUCUUUUCUGAAGGAAGACAUUUAAUGUAAUAUAUAAUUUAAAGAUGAAAUCUCUUCAGAAUGGUUCGGAAUAAGUAUGAGUCCCGCACGAUAGUACAUGCUCCUUCUAAUGAGUUAGGCCGGCUACAGGAGAAAUGAUUUCUCAUCCAUCGCUAGGUUCAUGGUCGAGUCCCCUAUAACAAAUGACAGAUUAACCAGAGAAAAGUGUGCAAGUUUAUUGAAGAUAAGUGUUACCUGACACAGGAGCCUUCAGAAAGGAAGACUCAGAGAAACAGGAAAUCCUGUGUCGAUUGUAUGCUGUCUGAUGAAGAAGCAGACAGUUUUGGAGAAGCACCAUGAGAUGAAAGGGGUGUGACCUGAUGGGAAUAAGCUGGGGGAGCUCAGCAAGACCUGUGUGGUCAGAUGAUUCUCUGCAUCUUUACAAAUAAGGAGGCUCCUUUCCUCUGGGAAUAGGGAGGACUGGAAUGAAGGUCUUAUGACCU